AUGCCGGUGAAGCCCGACGAGCUGAUCCUCCACCUUGACGCAUACGCCAAGACUCUGCCGGCGCUCAAGGCUCUUCGUUUGUGCCAUCGCUUCGGUAAGGGACCGGAUGUGCAUAUCAUCAAGCUGCCCGUAGAGGUUGAGCAGAUCAUCGAGGCGUACGUUGUGGCUACCCGGCGUGCGUGGGAAGAGCUUCAAUUCGAGUGGUGCAUGCUGGAGAAGGAGUUUAGGUGUUUCGAAUCCAAAUGCUGUCCGAGUAGUCAUCACGAGGACAAUAGUCCAAUGCACGAGCGGGCCUACGACGAGGUAGAGCUCUGCGAUUUCUGCGAGGCAGAAGGCAUCUCCGAGGAUGGGUGUCUCAAAAAGUGUACCAAGGGUACAGUGGAGCCGUGCCCAACCUGCCAAAUCAAUAUGGCGUCCGACGAUUGUGAGAAGACUUGCGAGGCUGCGUAUGGCGAGGUGAUUGAAAGGCUGGCUCACGGAAGCGAAUCCACUUAUGAGUAUCAUGCGGAAUGCUGCGAUGGGUGGGCGACGAGAGUUAGCCCGAGAGCAUUCGCAAAGCAUGCGAAGGUGUUGCGCGAGCAUUUUGGACUUGAGGCGUUCCUCGCGGAUACUGCGUGGUAUCCAGAGCCCAAGGGUGGCUGGCCAGAGGACAGAAACUAUCGCUGGCACGGUAGCGACACGAUACAGACCACGCUGUGCUACUUGACCCUGCCCAAGACACUCGGCCCGCACACUGUCUUCGAGCCGGGCGAGUUGGAUAGUAGGAUGUAUGCUGAGUGCGGCGGAUCUGUUUACGCAGCUCAGGCCCUACGAGUCGACCCGCCCGGAACGCUGAGCCAGGAAGAGCGGGCGCGGUUCCAACGCGCCUUGAAGACACUCGGUCUUACGCCGUACCUGCACCCCAGCCAAGACCGUCAGCCUGCUGUGUCUGCGAGGCUAAACAGUCCUACUGGACAAGGCAGCGGUACGUCAAUGAAUGCUUGGAUGGAGGAGCAUGUCACUCAGCUGACCGUCGGACAGAAUCGACGAGCACCUCCUGGCCACAGCUCACGUUACUCGUUGAGAGCAGGUGAGCACACCAGAUACCACAGUCGCUUUCGGAGCGUAAAAGCGCAAAGACCACAGUCAUUGCUCGACAGAUUUGCUGUCCCACUGCUAUUUGUGUAG